AGUGGAGAGAGUGGGACGCCCGGCUUCUGAGCGGGAAACUUCUUUGCACUAGCGACGAAAAAACGAAUUAAAAAUGGGUGAUGUUGAGAAAGGCAAGAAGAUCUUUGUUCAGAAGUGUGCCCAGUGCCACACUGUGGAAAAGGGAGGCAAACACAAGACUGGGCCAAAUCUCCAUGGACUGUUUGGGCGGAAGACAGGUCAGGCUGCUGGAUUCUCUUACACAGAUGCCAACAAGAACAAAGGCAUCACCUGGGGAGAGGAUACACUGAUGGAGUAUUUGGAGAAUCCCCAAAAGUACAUCCCUGGAACAAAAAUGAUCUUCGCUGGCAUUAAGAAGAAGGGAGAAAGGGCAGACUUAAUAGCUUACCUCAAAAAAGCUACUAAUGAGUAAUAGCCACUGCCUUAUUUAUUACCAAACAAAUGUCUCAUGACUUUUUUAUGUGUACCAUAAUUUAAGUGAUGUGAUACACCAGAAUUCAGAUCAUGAAUGACUGACAAAAUUAUUUUUGUUGGACAGUCCUGAUAUAAGUAAAAUUGACUUGUAGUUAAAUUAAUAUUUUGGUUAUACU